CUGAUACGUUAUCCACAUUACAUUGGUAGUCCUCAACCUUCGUCAAUAGCCAUGGCUUUCUUUCAUAUGUAAAAGCAGAAGCUCUCUCUUCCCCUCUCUACACGUUUGUAUAAAGACUGGAAGUGCACAAGAUGUUGUCAGUUCAAUUUCAACAGAGCACGAAGAGCAUUUUGGCAUCCCCUUCUUUUACUUCCCAAAAGCCCUGUUUUACACCCUGCAAAACCUCAUUUAUAUUGAAACACAGAGCUUCCUCUCUGCAUUCAUCAACCCAUCUUGGCCUCAGAAUUAAGAGAAUUCAAAGGCUUAAUUCUGCGUCUGCCGCUGCCACAGAAGUAGCUCCAGCGGAAACACCCACUGAGGUUUCAGAGUCUGAAGUCGCACAAAGCUCUGAGAAGCUAGGAGUGGUGGUUAAAUCAGUGGAGAAGCCUAGACUGGUAUUGAAGUUCAUAUGGAUGGAAAAGAACAUAGGUCUUGGCCUGGAUCAGAUGAUUCCUGGCCAUGGCACAGUGCCUUUGAGUCCAUACUACUUUUGGCCGAGGAAGGAUGCAUGGGAAGAGCUGAAAACAACUCUAGAGAGUAAGCCAUGGAUAUCCCAGAAGAAAAUGAUUAUACUUCUUAAUCAGGCCACUGAUAUUAUCAACCUGUGGCAACAGAGUGGUGGCAAUUUGUCCUAGAUACCACUGUAUUGUCACUUUUUUCGUCUUCAAUGUAACAUUUUUUUAAGUUGAUUUCAUACUAGUAUCGCACCUACACUUCAAAUUUGGGCCCCUAUAAUUGAACGGAGAAUCUGUUUAAACCAUGUCCUACUUGUUUAGUUUA